AUGGCAGGAAAUUCAGCGUUUACCCGCGUUGCUGGGUUCUGUUGCAGCCUCCUGCCGCCGCGUAUCUGCGACCUGCCACGAGCACGGCUACGCAAGUACCCGAUCUACGUAUACCUUGCCUCCAUCCCGGCCAACCUGGAAGUGCCAACCCGAUGCUAUCUCAACAAUCCUUGUUCUGAACGUUCUUUCGAUAUUCCCCAACAAUCUCAAUCUCAAUCUCGCUCGUCAAGAGCUGUUCGUCUGUGCUGCAAUUUGCCUGCCAUCUAUCGUUGUUGCCGUUCUUUGAAUAACUUACACCUCCGUCUUUUCCUCCUUCCUUGGUCGCUGCUACUCUUUCUUGAUCUCGACUGUAAGUUGCGCCUUCUAUUCAUGCACACCUACAACUCACAUAUCAUCUUUCAUAUUCGAUCUCGUCUUGAUCCACUUGUUCUCCACGCGGAUCCUGACUUACACCAGCAGUCAUCAGACAACGGCCCGUUGCGUUUCGUAACUAUCAAGACACCCCCACAAGCCACCAGCGGAAUCUCUCUUUCAGGAACCAUUAACAUGGCAUCUUCCAUAGCUGGGCCUAUCAUUGGCCCGAGCCCGGCCGUUGAGCUAGCUCCUGCGGCCGCCGGCUGUGUCAGUCGCGUGGCAGAUGUGCCGGCUGGGGUCCCCGAAGGGUGGCCCAAGUUUCUCGACGGGUCCAUGGCUUGGGCUGGUGCUCAGUUCACGGAUGAAUCGGAAUACAUCCACACUCUCAGCGAAUCCGAUCUACAGGAAGCUGAGAAAGCUCUGCUAGUCUUCAAAGCCUUGGGACUUGACGGGGAUUGUGUCUCCCGAGACAACUUCCCUCUUCCCACUCUGGGAUCUAGACUGGAUCGUAUCCGCCGAGACGUUCACCAAGGCAAGGGUUUUGGUGUCAUUCGUGGCCUCGAUCCUCAAAAGUACUCAGUCGAGGACUUGACUGUGCUGUAUCUUGGCAUUCAGUCGUACAUUGCCAAUUGUCAUGGGCGUCAAGAUCGAAAAGGCAAUAUGCUAGUCCAUAUUGUCGCCGACAACUCAUCCAAGCUCAAGGCUGGUCACCAUCGACACUCCACCUCUCCCAUUACUUUCCACAACGAGGAAGCUGGUGACAUAGUCAGUUGGCUCACACGCAGCACGGCUGUCUCGGGAGGCAAAUGCAUCAUCGCCUCAGCCUACACUGUCUACAAUGUUCUUGCUGCUAGCCGUCCGGACAUGGUCCGCACCCUAGCUCGUUCUGACUGGCCAUUCGCCCUGCCCCGUUUUCAGUGCCGACCAGUCUUCUUUCAUCACGAGGGGAGAGUGUUGAUCAACUUUGGGCGUGUAGCUCUCACGGGAAAUGCAGUUCACCCACGCCCUACUAACCUUCCCGCCGUUACGCCACGCCAGAUGGACGCAUUGGACUCCAUCGAGAACAUCGCCAAGGCAACUCAGCUGGAGAUCAGCACACGUGCAGGUGACAUGCAUUUCAUUAACAACCUCACAAUCUUGCAUCGCCGAGAAGGUUUUGUCAACGGUGAGGCUGCCCAGGAACGUCGACACUUGGUGCGCAUGAGACUCCGCGAUGAUGAGCUGGGAUGGAAGCUCCCUGCAGACCUGAGACAAGAGUGGUCCGCUGCUUUUAACAAGGAAACACCCAAGAUCUGGCACAUUGAGCCCAUGCCAGACGGUUUCUUUCCCCUCAGGUCUCAAGCCAACUAAGGCUGGGCUUCUAGCGCUCAGAGCAACCUCAGUUGUGGGGUGAACUCGCAUGCAUGAAUGCAUGCUCGCGAGAUAUGAUGAGAUAAUGGGGUGCUUAUCGACUUUGGAACCGAGGCGCAUAAGAAGGGCAAUGGGGACUCUGAGGGUAACGGGAGAGAAAUCAAAAGUUACGGAUAAGUUCCUGCACCCGGGUAUUGAGUAUGUUUUUUUUGUUUUUUUUGGUGGGGGUGUCACGGUCACGGAAAAGCAACAAGAAUGGUUUAUUAUGUCUCGGGUGAACCUGUCUAUCGGUACAGUGUGGUAUCUUCGUGGACAUGGCAAGGAUGGGCUUUGGUUGAAGAAAAAAAAGAAGUCAAGGAUUAAUACGUGUGUUUAUUAAGGCUCAUACAGGAUUAGCACCUACUAGGGACAGCCGAAUACAAGGAGUCGCAUGCAUAACUUAGAUCGACAUGCUCAGGCACAGAAGACUAUCAAAGUGAUAUGUGAUAGUG